CCUUUUACCUCUUGCAGUGGAACAGACAAGAGAGCUGCUGCAGCGACAUCCCACCGCUCUGCUUCAUCUGAAACCAGAAAAACCUUGUUCAUUAAUAAAAACCAAACAGGUUCAAGAGCUUUUUUAACCUUUAAAAAACAAGAUCUACCAGGUUUUUCAUUAAGAUUAAGAUUUCAUUAUUUUUUAUUUCUUAGUUCUGUUGCUGCAUCUGCACCACUGGAUUGUACCUCCUGUACCUCCUGCAGAGACACCAUGAACAUCAGCCUGCAGCUGCCUGUAGAUUAGGACCAGAGUGCAGCCUGCCUUCAGCUUCUCUUCCCCUCUUCGCUCUAUCGUCACCGUCUGAUGGCCACAAGUCCCACCACUGCCGCCACACAGUCAUCCAGCAGCAUGGAAGAGUCCCAGCAGCCACACCAGCCAAUCAGCACACAGCAGGACGGAGAAGCCCAUCAUGCCACUGUGACUUCUCAACCAGUCUCUGCGGAGCAACAAGCACCAACCUCAGACGCUCCUGAUGGAAAUCAAACAGGAAAGGGCAAAGACAUGGACCUUCUUACAGUGAUGGAUGACAACAUAGAGACCAGUAAUGGCGUUGGUCCCGUGAGGGUCGACUCCUCUCCCACAGUGUCCUCUGUGUCGCCCAAACUGCACGCUAAACCCGGGGGCCAUGCCAACGGUCGGUCUGGUUUGGGCAGCCGGUCCGGCUCGGUGGUGGGGGGCUCACCAAGGCCCUCACUCACCCGCCAGCCCAGUGCAAUCACAGAGGCCACUGUGGAUGGGUCCAAGCCAAGGGACUACCUGAUACUGGCCAUCCUGUCCUGCUUCUGCCCCUUGUGGCCCAUCAACAUCGUAGCCCUCACCUUUUCCGUGAUGUCCCGAAACAGUUUACAGCAGGGCAACAUUGACGGAGCGCGACGUCUGGGCCGUAAUGCCAUGCUUCUGUCGGUUGUCUCCAUCUUGGGAGGGAUCGUCAUCAUCACCACCGCCAUUGCCUUCAACUGGGGAUUGAUAUUAAAAUCCUGAUUAAAAUGGGGUUGUAUUGCAAGUCUGACUUGACGACAACAUCUGACCGACAAGACACUGCUCCCUCUGAUUUUCUGAAGCACUAUCCUUCUCAAGCGCCUGCAACAGAUGAAAACAAAUCUGUUCGUAUACUUUGCUGUUGUUUCUUGCUGCACGAAGAGCAUGGUCUGCCUGACGCUCUACCUCCGACACAACCCAACGACCAACCCACUCCUGAACCUAUGCCCGACUUGGAAACAAAGAAAAAAAAGUUGGAUCAUGAAAUGCUUAUAUUAUUCUUUAGUCACAGCUUAUCUCCUCAGACCACUUUUCUCUUUGAUGAAGAAGAAAGGUCUUUUUGUCAUGGAAGCAUGUCUAUGGAAAUGGGAUUUUUUUUUCUGACCUCUUAAUGAAUCUCAGUGCCACAGGUCCAGCAAUAAGCAAACUGAGGGAUGUGGUUUUCACUUUUUGAUGCCAAAAAAUGAGAAAAUGUGCUGAACUGAAGCUGGAAAAAUCCUACUAAGUGCUUGUUUAAUAUGGACUGAAGAAGAUACUGUGAGAGUCUCUGGACUGGAAAGGCUGGAAACAAACAGAGUGACCUGUUUUUUUUUUUUAGAAAGUUGUGGAUUGUUUCUUCAAUCAUCUGUUCCUGUAGGUGUUUGUGGUGCACACAUGCACAUGCAUAUGUCACUCACUAUAAAGCUAUUUUGAAUUUUAAAUAACUCUGGGUUUCACUGUGUAAGGGAUAAUGUAUAGUGAGAGCGUUGUUAUAGCGGACUUGAGCCCCGACAGGUUGAGAAGAACCCCGACGCUAAGCAGAACAAAAACACAAAUAAAAAUAAAACAGUUUAUCACUAUCAACAACAGACCUUCAUCUUAAAUAAAUGUCAAAGGAAAUUCUAUUUCAUACUGUCCGUUUCAUCGACAGAUUCAAACCAACAUUGUUUGCAAACAGAUUCACAUUGGUUUGACUCUGCACAUAACGUUUGCUGACUAUAAAAAAGAAAAGAAAAUCAACAGACACUUGUUUACUCUGCUACAAAGACUGCUGCUCAUAUUUGUGUUUUCCAUAUGUAGUUGAUUCCAUCGUUCAAUUUGAAUUUCUUUGGUUAACGUGAUUUUUAUUUUAUUUUUUUCAACGGGCACUUGUUUGCUGCCCAGAGGAAGAAUCUUGCGGUCUUCAUUUUUUAUUCAUUUUGGUUUGCUCUAUUGCUGCUACAGUAGCUUCUUCUAUGAUUAAAGCUGCCAGCUGCUGUUUGAAUCCCCCUGGUAGUGUAGCAAACACAAUACACUAAACAAAACAUCACA